CAAUUUAACCUGGGUGCCGUACCAAAAUAACUUACGAGGAGGUUCCGUAUGAACCUUUAUUAGAAUUCUUAAUAUUGAUUUUUAAAAAUUCCCAAGUUUUUGCACACACUUCCGUGUAGAAUCCACGAAUUUACAUCCAAAUUCCCCUCCACUGUCUGGAUUUUUAUCAAUAGAAUUUGAUUGUGGAUUCAUUUGAUUUGUUAAUUUACCUCCCCAAUUCCAAUUUUUAACUGCCCACAACUCAAAAUUUCCCUAUUCAAUCAAUUUUUGCUGAAAAAAUUAAUCUUUUUUCUGUAAUUGUUGUGAGAUUUGAUCAGAAAUGCUAUCUACGUCAAACUCAGCUUUGUUUCCUUUACCUUCUUAUAAUGGGUACUCACGUUCCACCAUAUUUUCUGAAUCUAAAGUUGUUACCAGCAUUCCCAAUGGGAUUUUUAGACAGAGGAAACUUGUUCUUUCUUCUUGUACCCCUUUUCGAAAUGAGAUUGAUGAGUUUUCUGCACUUAAAUUGAGUGAUUCUUCAGAUAUAAAGUUAUCAAACCCAGUCGAUGAGCCUGAGGAUGAUUCUGAUGUGCUUAUUGAGUGUAAAAAUGUGUACAAAUCAUUUGGGGAGAAACACAUUCUAAGAGGUGUGAGCUUCAAGAUCAGACAUGGAGAAGCAGUUGGAAUAAUUGGACCUUCUGGAACUGGAAAGUCUACCAUUCUGAAAAUUAUUGCUGGACUUCUUGCUCCAGACAAGGGCGAGGUCUUUAUCAGAGGGAAAAAGAGAGAAGGAUUGAUCAGUGACGAGGAGGUCUCAAUAUCCGGUCUUCGUAUUGGUUUGGUUUUUCAAAGCGCUGCAUUGUUCGACUCUUUAACUGUGCGCGAAAAUGUUGGUUUCCUUCUGUAUGAGAACUCUAGAAUGUCAGAUGAUCAAAUUUCUGAGCUGGUAACUGAAACAUUAGCUGCAGUAGGACUAAAGGGGGUUGAGGAUCGAUUACCUUCUGAGUUAUCUGGAGGGAUGAAAAAACGAGUUGCCCUGGCUCGUUCUAUUAUCUUUGAUACCACAAAGGAGACCGUGGAACCCGAGGUGCUCUUGUAUGACGAACCAACAGCUGGGCUUGAUCCAAUUGCCUCAACUGUUGUAGAAGACUUGAUCCGAACUGUUCAUAUAAAAGGUGAAGACGCAGUAGGAAAGACAGGGAGGGUUACUUCUUAUGUAGUUGUAACUCAUCAACAUAGUACCAUUAGAAGAGCAGUUGAUAGGUUGAUUUUUCUGCAUGAAGGGAAAAUUGUUUGGGAAGGCUUGACUCAUGAAUUCACCACCUCACCUAGUCUCAUUGUUCAACAGUUUGCAUCGGGGAGUUUGGAAGGACCUAUCAAAUAUUAGUCGAUUUUUUUUGGAAAACAUGAGUUUGAUAGUAGGACGUCAAAAGCAGAAGAGAGCGAGCUUCUGUUGGUGAAGAUGUCACUGUUAUGCAGUUGGUUCGAGAAGCUGGGCGUUUCACACCAUGCAAGGUAGAAACUAUAAGGAAUGCGACUGACUAACAUCUAGUUGACGUUUUGCACCUCUUUUGAAGGUGCUGCUUUAUACUGCUUUGGUUUUCAUCGCGGAGGAUGGGAUUGCAAACUCAGCACGUAGUCGUUUCUUGUUUUUACCAGUACCCAUUAUUUCACUUCAGGUCAUAUGUGUUUUCUUAUUGUGCAUUCACUUCUGAUCAGUAUUAACGAGUCUCACAAAUCAUGGAAGUAUUUAUUUUGGUAAAUGCCAAUUUGUAGUUCUUUUGGGUAGUUUUUUCCAGCUUCCCACAAUCUGGGGACUCAUGACAAGUUCGCCUCGGUGUUCAUGUUCGGGCAUAAAUCUGUCAUUUGCAAACUUAUAAACUUUUGCAAUGCAGGAGAGUUUUUUUUUUUUUUUGGAUCUGAUACUAUACCAUUUUUACUUUUAAUAAGUUAA